AUGAAGUUUCUUGUGAGAGCUUCUACGGCCGCAUUAAGUUGCCUUUUUCUCCUAGUGCCUGCCGCGCUUGGAAAGAGUGUUUAUGUGUGUAAAAAUAUGGAUACAAUGGGAAUACAAGAAGCUGAGACUUACGCAAAUCAAGCUGUUCCGGGUCAAAUAUAUGAGAGCGACCCUGAAAGCAAAAAUGGUGUAGUACGCGGGGCAUAUCAUUUUAGCAGGAGCAAUGCGGAUAACGAACCUGGUUACUACUUGGUCCAAGUUGUUGGCGAUAAACUAGAGACCCAAAUUUGGAAAUUUAUCCAAGGAAAAUGGAUUACGUGUCCUCUGGUGAAAGUCUAA